GCCGGGAAUAUGUGGACCUGUGGGUGUGGCAGAUCCCUGAUCCCUCUUAAGGGGAGGAAUUACACCAUACGACGUCGCUCAACUAAUCUAAACACCAAAACAACGUUCUUUUGGAAGACGAUACCAGAGGCCUAGAUCUAAGUCAUCUAACAAUACAACUAAUCUAGCUCCAACCCUCUUACUCUCCCUCUCCAUUUCUCAGAUACUGAGAAGGAAGGCAGCAGGGGUUGUAUAGGGUGCAAUGGAUUUCGAGAGGGAAAAUUUUGAUCUCUCAGGACCCUUGCAUUUGACUUGUGUCCAAUGGGAUAACGCGCAUCAUCGAAUGUCAGUUGCUGCUAGUUUGGUCCAAGCUGUUUACAUUCUAGAAAGGGACCGGCAAGAAAAACGCAAAGAUCAAAAUGCUCUUGCACCGCCUUGGUGGGCAUUCUUCCACUUUCAGUUGCUUCGUCCACUUGUAGAUGAUGUUGAUUCUUCCAUCUUUGGUGCAAUCUUUGAGUUCAAACCUCCAUUGUCUCCACGUAAUGACACUUUAUACCGAAGUCCACGUUAUGUGAUUGCCUUUCGUGGCACUCUAACCAAACAGCACUCGGUUACACGUGACAUUGAGCUGGAUAUCCACUUUAUCCAACAAGGUCUUCAUCAAACUUCUCGCUCUACCAUAGCUCUGAAUGCUGUUCGAAAUAUGGUAGCAACUGUAGGUGAUUCGAAUGUUUGGUUGGCUGGACAUUCCUUAGGAUCAGCAAUGGCAUUGCUUACUGGCAAAACCUUGGCUCAGACGGGCACGUUUGUUGAAUCUUUUCUUUUCAACCCACCCUUUGUAUCUGCUCCAAUAGAGAGAAUUAAGGAUGAGAGAGUGAAACAUGGGAUUCGAUUUGCUGGCAGUGUGAUAACAGCUGGACUCACCCUAGCCAUGAAAGCCAAGCAGCAGCAGCAGCAGCCGCCGCCGCAGCAGCAGCUGCAACAGGGCAAGCAGCCGCAGCAGCAGAAGGAUCUGUGUGUUGCAUCAUUUGAUGCUUUGGCUGCUUGGGUCCCAGGUUUAUUUGUGAAUCCAUCGGACCAUAUAUGCUCAGAGUAUAUUGGAUACUUCGAGCACAGAAGAAAGAUGGAGGAAAUUGGAGCCGGAUUCAUUGAAAGGUUAGCCACUCAAAACUCGCUUGGUGGAUUAGUGAUGAGUGCGUUUGGGAAGGAAUCUGAAGCCCUGCACCUCAUUCCUUCGGCUUCUAUGACAGUUAAUGUUAUGCCUGCACGUGAUUUCCGAGAAGCCCAUGGGAUUCACCAAUGGUGGCAACCUGAUUUGCGCCUCGAACGCAAGCUGUACAAAUACAAGUAGUUCCACGCUGUUUCUUCUGCAUUUACAUGAAAGGACAGAUGAAAUUCUUUUCGCAUAUGCGCAAUGUUUAACUGUUCAUUUGAACUUUUGUUUCGUAAAUACAUGUAGAGUGCUUGUGAA